AAACUAGGGCGUCAUCAAUGUCGUGUGCUCAUCGGUCCGUUUCCCUCAUAUAAAUAGUGGCCGUCUGCGAGUCCAUUGUCAUCAGUUGUUGGAUCUCUUUGCAGCUCUUCCACAAUUUUUUGCAAAACGCGCUAUUCCUUACCCGAAAUGGCUAAAUUCGUUACAGCUUUAGUUUUGCUCGCUGUCGUAGCAGUGGCCAUGGCCAAUGGCCCAUAUUCUUCUGGUUAUGGAUCUUACGGAGACAAGAAAGGAGGCUAUGAUGCUUCCCCUUACGGCUACGACAAAAAAGAUAGUUACGGUUAUGAUGCCUCCCCUUAUGGAUACGACAAGAAAGGAAGCGGCUACCAGGCCUUCCCUUACGGCUACGACAAAAAAGUCUACGGCUACGAUGCUGCCGCUUACGGCUACAACAAGAAAGAUAGCUACGGUUAUGAUGCCCCCUCAUACGGUUACAACAAGAAAGACAGCUACGGUUACGGUGAAUUCCCUGUCACCUAUUACAAAACAGGCGGCUAUGAGGCCCCAGCUUAUGGUUACGACAAAUACGAGAAAUUGAAAUCUUACGGAAGCUACCCGUCCAGCUAUUUCAACAUCAUUCAGUUGCUCGUUCCAGCAAGACGUCCAUUACAGUCCCAUUUCAGAAACAAUUCAAAAAUGACCAAAAUCUCUGUUGCUGUUGUUGUGAUUUCUCUUAUGGCAGCCGUGAUGGCCAAUGCUCCAUACAAUGGCAACUGGAGGGGCACUUAUGGACCUUACGGUGACAAGAAAGACAGCUAUGGUUAUGAUGCUACCCCAUAUGGAUACGAGAAGAAAGGCAGUUACGGAUAUGAUACCCCAUCUUACGGUUAUGAGAAAAAAGGAAGCAACUACGAUGCUUCAUCUUACGGUUACGACGGGAAAGGAAGCGGAACAACAUCUUAUGGAUACAAUAAGAAAUACGAUGCCCCCGCUUAUGGUUAUGACAAGAAAGUAAGCUAUGGCUAUGAUGCUGCCCCGUACGGAUACGACAAGAAAACAAGUUACCGUUAUGAGGCCCCGGCUUACGGUUACGACAAGUACGAGAAACCAAAAUCUUAUGGCAGCUACUCAUCAACUUACUAAACCGCCCAACUGCAACCCGAUUGCCAAAAUGAAAAAUGCAUUUGAAUUUCUGACCAUGCGCUAUAGUUUUUAUAUUUAACGUACGUAUGCGUUAUGUGUUGGUGGAACAUAUGCACGAAAAAGAAAAUUCUUCCUGUCUGUGAAAAUAUGGAUAAAUAAAAAUAAUUGGUUUCAAGUUAAAAA